AUGGCCGAGCAGCAGGGCCGGGAGCUCGAGUGCCCCGUCUGCUGGAACCCCUUCAACAACACAUUCCACACCCCCAAAGUGCUGGACUGCUGCCAUUCCUUCUGCGUGGAAUGUCUGGCCCACCUCAGUCUGGUGACUCCUGCCCAGCGCCCGUUGCUGUGCCCACUCUGUCGCCAGCCCACUGUGCUGGCCUCCGGGCAGCCUGUCACUGACUUGCCCACAGACACUGCCAUCCUCACCCUGCUCCACUUGGAGCCCUACCACAUCAUCCUGGAAGGCCAUCAGCUCUGUCUCAAGGACCAGCCCAAGUGCCGCUACUUCCUGCGCCAGCCCCGGGUCUACACACUGGACCUGGGCCCCGAGCCUGGGAGCCAGACCGAGGCCCCCCAGGCCACAACCCCUCCCACCACGCCUCUGCCUGUUCCCCUCUCCAGCCACUACUCUCUGAGGGAGUAUUUCCGCAACCCUCAGUUCCGGAUCUUUGCCUACCUGAUGGCUGUCAUCCUCAGCGUCACUCUGUUGCUCAUCUUCUCCAUCUUUUGGACCAAGCAGUUCCUGUGGAGUAUGGGGUGA